AUGUCCUUGCUAACGGUGGCGCACCAAAGAGGAUCAGGUGAGUUCUUAAAGUUCACGGCGCAGCAAGGCGGCGGUGACGGUGGUGAUGGUGACGAGGAACAUCCUUAUGGUCAUGAUGGUGGAAGUUCUGGGGGAUCUGAGUCACAAGGAUUGAACCAAGUGAUUCAACAAGGUGAGGUGGCAAUGCAAGGUCCUAUGGUGUCAGGGUAUGGCAGGGCUCGAGAGUUGAAUGAAAUGGUUUCAGCUCUGACUCAUGUGGUAUCAGGUUCUGGCCAAAGCGGUGCUGAAUGGUUCCAAGGAAGUGGUUUUCCUCUGACGUCAAGUUUUGGACAUUCAUCUUUAACUCCACGUUUGUCUUCUUUCUCUUCUUCUUCUUCUUCCACUUCUGGCCUUAACUUGCCCUCUGGCUCAUGGGUUGGGCAAAAAAGAGGGCGUGAAGAAGAAAGUGGUGCUUCUCAUCAAUUGAUACAACAAUCUGUUCCUAGACUCUUCAGAAACAUUGGUGACUUUUGGCUACCUUCUCAAGUAGAGUCAUCAUCAUCAUCAGUAACUGAAGAACCUUCAACCACCACCACCACCGUAGCCACCGUGGCGGCCACGCCAUUAGGCCAAAAUUCUUCACAAGAAGAAACAGGAGAGAGGAGAAGAAGGUACAGGGGAGUGAGGCAAAGACCAUGGGGAAAAUGGGCUGCAGAAAUUCGUGAUCCACACAAAGCAGCAAGGGUUUGGCUUGGAACAUUUGAAACAGCAGAAGCUGCAGCAAGAGCUUAUGAUGAAGCUGCAUUGAGGUUCAGAGGCAAUAGAGCAAAACUAAACUUCCCAGAAAAUGUUAGAGCAAUGCCACCACAACUUCAACCUUUUCCGGCCACAGCCACUACUCAAUUCCUUCCACUCCCCGCACCAGCGGCCGCAACCGCCACACCGCCGCAACCAUUCAUGCCACCACCGUUUCAGGGUUCCUCUGAUUUGAUCAGAGAUUAUUGGGAAUAUUCUCAGCUUCUUCAGAGUCCUGAAGACUUUCAUCAUCAGCUUCAACAACAGCAACAUCAACAACAACAACAACAAAACCAACCUUCUAGUUUGCUUCAGCAGUGGUACUAUAAUUCACAAUUGGGUGUACAUGAAUCUUCUUCAUUGUUAUCAUCAUCACCCUCUUUGUCUUCUUUUGUAUCACCAAAUGUAUCAUUUUCACCAUCUACUCAAUUUUCCUCUGCUUCAUUUCCCCUGUUAUCUAGUCAACAAAUGGGCUAUUUCCGGCCACCGGGAAACCACCCUCACGGAGGAGGAAUCGGCGGAGAGGGGUCAGAGUUUCCGCCGUCAACAUGGUCAGAUACCAGUGGCCAUCCACCACCUUCUGGUUGA